UUAUGAAUCUUGAAAACUUCUCUUACUUUUCGGGCAUGUGCAACAUGACUGCGGAAUCUCAGGACUCCCCAACAGAGGCGGCGAGUCCCAUGGGAGUCUCCUCUAACCGCAGCCUGGAUUCCCCCUCGCCGGGGAGAGGGCAAGACGAGGUGAUGAUCAAAUCUGAGCCCAGGGGCAGCAGCCCUGCCACUGACAGGGAGGAUGGCAAUCUGGGCCAGACUGAGGACCAGCUGCCAACAUCUGGGAGCCGACGCAGGAAGCGGCCCGUUCAGCGAGGCAAGCCGCCUUACAGCUACAUCGCUCUGAUAGCCAUGUCCAUCGCCAACUCGCCCGAGAGGAAACUCACGCUCGGGGGCAUCUACAAGUUCAUCAUGGAACGCUUUCCGUUCUACAGGGAGAAUUCCAAAAAGUGGCAGAACUCGAUCCGGCACAACCUGACCCUCAACGACUGCUUCGUCAAAAUCCCGCGGGAGCCCGGGCGCCCUGGCAAGGGCAACUACUGGACCCUGGACCCGGCGGCCGAAGACAUGUUUGAUAACGGUAGCUUUUUGCGCAGGAGGAAACGCUUCAAAAGAACGGACGUCAGCACCUACCCGGGCUACAUGCAGAACUCCAGCGCCUUCACCCCGACCCCCUUCGGAAGGCAGUCCUAUCCCAGCACGUUAUACCCCGGCAUGGGCUCAGGGUACAGCCCCCAGAUCUACAGCAGCACGCACCACCCCGCCAUGCUCCAUCACUACCAGAGCCCAGGCGUGGUCGGACAGGGGCAGCACAGGAUGUUCAGCAUAGACAAUAUCAUCAACCAGCAGUCCGUGCUCCAGUCUUCCUCGGGGACCGAGCUGAGCCACCAGUCACUGAGCUUGAACGGGGACCUCGGCAGCAUGGCCCCCAGCUGCUCAGUGGGAGUCGGUUCCGACCCGGUGUCCUGUUUCCAGUCCCAGUCGUUCAGUCCCUCUGGAGUGGGAUCUGUGCUGAGCAGGUCCAGCGGCACCAUCUCAUCCGACCUGGCGGCGGCCUAUCCUUACUCCUCCUCGCCGCCCCACUUGCCCGCCAUGGCCCAGUCGAGUUACUCCCCGAGUAAUACCCAGAUGUACGCCCCUUCCAACAGGAUCUCUCUGCAGCCUAUGCGCUCCAGUUCGUGUUCCGACCACACCGACCAGCUCCUGAGUCUAUCGAGCUCACAAACUAACGGGAUCGACCAGUUCGGUGCCAAUAACUCCUACAUGAGGCAGGCCAGUUUUGCCUCAGGACUGGAGAGGUACAUGUAAAAGAUGUUCAAAGCCCGUCUCAUGAUAUCACACGAGCUCUUCUGUUUAAAAAGAAAAGCAAAACUCGGACAUCCCACGAGGUUAGCGCGUUUUAAUACUUACACCGUGCGAGCAACUUUUCGGUGUCUCAUUUUCUUUUUAAAUGUGUUGUUUCUUUGGUCAUCCAAAGCUUUGAUACUAUUUUAUAAAUAUUGGAAACCGAUUUUUAAAUAUUGCAUUUUUGUUGUCGUUGAAAUUUGUAUAUAAAAAAAGGACUGUUCAUUUUUUUAAAUCCAAACAAAUAGGUUGGAAUAGAUUCUAAUGUAAUUUAAGCUCUUCUGGUUAUACAAAUGUUGCCACAUCAUCAACAUGUGUGUUCAAUAUUUAUGGAUUCCUCAACUGAACAUUGUAUUUGUUUUUCUAACGUAAUGUGUUUGUGUCGAAUAAUUAAUACAUUCGUUUUUAUCUACACCUAUUGAAAUCGCUGAUCUGUAUCUAGAUGUAAUUUACAAGCACUAAAACAUGUCUAUGUCUAUAUUAACGAUGGCCUUGUUUACACCAAACAAGCGAUGCGUAUUCUGCCUUUUUCCCCCCAAACGAUAUUAACUACAAAUGAACUGUGUAGUGGUAAUGUUUUACACCAAUAAGCAGGUCUGACUCACGAAUAAUGCAUUUCCAUUCCAUGCACACCACCAUAUUAUUUUGCAUGAAAAUGCAAUUAGAAUAAAAAGACUAUUUAUUUCGACAUCUCAAACAUUAUAUUAAAUGCAUAUCCAUUCUGCAGGCCUACCGCGUAUAGGAAUUAAAAUUCCAUAGACCUAUAUUACACGAGAAUGCUCAUUUUAAAC